AUGGGCUUUCUUAACGAACUCGUUUCCGGAUUUACACAUUCUGGGCAGCAAGGCCAACAAAGCCAGCAGCAGUAUGGUAACUCGCAAGCCGCCUCGUCCCCACCGCCUGUCUCCCCACCAUGGUAUGCCGAGUGGGACGCCCGCGACAACCGCUGGCUCUUCGUGAACCAGCAAAACGGCGAACGCACUUUCACAUAUCCCGGCCCAGGCUACGCACAACAGCAAGGUAGCUAUGGCACACCACAAGGCGGGUAUGGGUCCAACCAAGGCGGGUAUAGCAACCAAGGCGCAUACAACCAGAACGCGUAUAAUCCAACUCAGGGGGGUUAUCAGCAGGAGCAGCAGAAGAAGAGCGGAGGAAAUGGGUGGAAGUAUGCCGCUGCUGGUGCGGCGGGGUUAGCGGGCGGUGCGCUAGUGAUGCACGAGGGGGAGGAGAUGAAAGAGGGCUGGGACCGCGACAAGGACCGAUUCGAGAACCGCGUCGACCAGGACAAAUACCGUCUCGAGAAUGACGUCACCAACUUCCCUGAUAACGCUGCCAACUGGACAGGCGAGCAAGUUGGUCGUGUUGAAGGCGUUGGCGACCGUGUAGAAAACCGCUGGGACAAUGCCGUUGACGACGUCGAGAAUCUUCCUGAGAAUGCAGCGAGAUGGACUGGCGAGAAGGUGCAGGAUGUAGAAGAUAUCCCGCAAGACAUUGAGAAUCGGUGGGACAAUGAUGUCAACAGGGUAGAAAGCUUCGGAGAUAGGAUGGACAACGCGUAUGAUGAUGGAAGGGACGAGCAGAGAUAUGAUGACGAUAACAGAGAUGAUUGGUAA